UAGCCAAAAGAGCUAAGGGGGCCAAUAGAAAGAAAAGUUGUAAAGAUCUAAAAACCCUAAACAAGAAAUUUAAAGAAAAGCUUAUGAAUAGUGAGUAUGGGUCCCUUGUUUCUGAGAAGAGGAAUAGCUCUAACUCUUCUAAGUGAUACGGAAUCUCACCUGCCUCAAGGAUCGCCAGAAAUUUCAAAAUUAGGUAUAAACCAAAGAAGAAAACGAAGCUAGUUUUUAUGAAUAAAUCAGAAGCAAAUUUAUUUAGCCCUAUGAAAAGUACGAGGAAUAAUAAAAUAUGUGAAAACUAUUUUAAGUCACGGUCUUCUUCCCAGUCUGGGGAAAUCAAGAGUAUGAAGAGGAAUAGUGAAUCAAGUAUAUCCUCAAACAACUCUGUAUUGCAUAUGAAGAAGAAUAGUUCGAUUGAUGGACUCCACAACUUUAAUAUGAAAACUCUGAAUUAUAUGAACCGUGAUAUUUCAGAUUGUUCUUUUGAGACAUAUAGCAAUGGAUCUGUCCAGAGCCGUAGAAGCAACUCUUCAACUGCGAUGUACGUUGAAGAGAAAGUCAAACUUGAUGAUACCAAAAAUUACAACCUUCCUAUGCUCCAAGAAGUUAACAAGAUAAUUUGAGAUUUUUCAACAAUUAUUGAAAUGAGUAAAGCAAAGCGUCAGGAGUACUUCUCAGAUAGAAUUGGUGCAAAACGGAAGGCUAAAAUAUCUUUCAGCAACGAAGAGGAGAUAAAUAAAAUGAAGGCAGACAAGACGUUCAAGUCCAAUGAAAGAAACUUGCUAGGCGUUAAAAAUUCUCAUUCCUGGAUUUACAACCUUAAUAUAGGUAAUAUUAUGCACCUCCAGCAGAUGGACUUUGACACUAUGCAUCUUAGCUUCAAGCUUGAGAAUAUACUCAAGAAAACUAGUCAAGAGCUAAACAAGGAUAUUAUCUUAGAGAAAAUUGUCUAUAUUACAGUGGCUUAUUUCUGAGUUGGCACAGAAUAUCGAUUUUUAAAUAGCAAAGUUGAUUCGAAGAAGUAUGACAAAAAGGAUUCUGAGAUCUGGCAUGCAAAGGCCUUGCACAUCUGAUCAACUUUUAUGCCUCCAAAUUCACCUUUAGUCAAACAUAUCACUAAGAGCUAUGUCAAACAUCACUUGAAAGGCAAGUUAGAGGCUAGGAUGGAGGAAGAAAAAGUACCGUUACUUAAAAGACAGAAUGAAGAAAAGUCACCAGAAAGAAUAAGUGAAAAUAAAAGAAAUUUGAAUACUCCUGAACCAGAAAUACAAAAGGAAGAUUUGACGAGAUGUAACCAGAAAGUCAAGGAACUGAUCAUUCAAGAACUUCCUCUAUCUUCUAAGGAGAUCUUAAAAGACGAUUUAGAUCAUGAGAAGCCUUGAAUUGAGGAAGAAGAAGUUAAACUUGACCCUCUACCUCAGGAUAAGACAAGAAAUAAUGAACACCCAAUAAUUAAGCCUGUGACUCUGACCAAAGCUAUCAAGAUAAGCAAGAAAGUUCUGGCCAAGAAAGAACUUAGCAGUAGGAAGAUUUCGCUGAAGGGGGUCAAGAAGAGAAAGAAAAGUGUAGGGGUUAGAAGUAGGAAGGGUUCUAAUGAGAGGAAUGUUCAGAUAAGCAGGCAUAAGAAUGUUAGGACUGAGGUUUGAUCACCGAAUUCUUUAUCAGGAAAUGUCAUAUUUCUGAAAUCAAAGAAAAAGUCAAGGAAUGAGAAUGUGCAGAAGAAAGGAUCUCAGAUAAACUUCUUUAAGACAACUACUCUUAGAAUGAAUGACGGUUACAAGAAGAUUUCGAAGAAAUCAAUCAUCCAAAUUAAACCUAAAGCUAAGCACAAAAUGAAACUGAACGAAAGAAUUCAGAAGAUAGAAGAAGCUCUCCGAUGACAUAGUGCACGGAGGUCUAAACGAAUAGAAGCAGAUACAGGCGGAAGCGUUCUAAGACACUCUAAAAGAAGCAGUGAGGAAAUAAAAAAAGAAGACUUGUAACGAAAUUUACUAAUU